UCAUCCGUAACCUUCUCGCUCAUUCGAAUAGAGAGGCAGAGAGUGUGUUUGUGCAUUUUUGUGGUUCAGAGAAAAACAAACAAAUGUCAGGCCCUCAGUGCUGCUCGAACCCACCAACACUGGACCCAUCCGGCGGCUCCGGCCAUGUUGAGAAGUUCGGUGGUCUGGACACCUAUGUCACUGGCUCCCCUGACUCCAAGCUUGCUAUUCUUCUCGCCUCUGACAUUUUUGGAUAUGAUGCUCCCAACUUAAGGAAGCUGGCAGACAAAGUUGCAGCUGCUGGCUUCUUUGUUGUGGUCCCUGACUUCUUUUACGGAGACCCUUUUGUACCUGGAGAUGAUGGAUCCUAUGCCAAUCUACCUACUUGGUUAAAAGAUCAUGGACCGGACAAGGCAUUCGAAGAAUCAAAGCCAGUACUUGAAGUUUUAAAAAGUAAAGGUGUUUCUGCAGUUGGUGCUGCAGGAUUCUGUUAUGGGGCCAAGGUUGUUGUUGAGCUUUCAAAGCAUGACUUUAUCCAAGCUGCUGUUCUGUGUCAUCCUUCAUUUGUCACUCUGGAUGAUAUCAAGGCGGUUAAGGUUCCCAUUUCAAUACUUGGAGCUGAGAUUGAUAAGAUGUCUCCACCUGAAGUCGUGAAACAAUUUGAAGAAGCCUUAACUGCAAAAUCUGAGAUUGAAUGCCAUGUGAAGAUCUUCCCGAAAGUGGCACACGGGUGGACUGUGAGGUACAAUGUUGAAGAUGAAGCAGCUGUUAAGGCUGCUGAAGAGGCUCAUCAAGACUUGUUGGAGUGGUUCUUGAACCAUGUCAAGUGAAUUCUAUCAUCACUAUGAAGCGUUGUAUUAUCACUUAAGAUGAGAACAGUUUGGCCCUUAUUUUAUCAACUGCACUUUAUUUAUGGAUCACAGUAAUGCCUGUAGUUUAGGUACCAUUAUAUGUAAAUUUAGUUGCUUGGAGGAGAGUAUAUGUUUGAAAUGCAUUGUUUAAAGUGAAUACCAAAUGGGAUAUUCAUCAUUCAAGUAAGAAACUGUCAUGUAAGAUGAGAACUAUGUGGUGCUUAUAUUUUUGCAAGAAAUGGUGGAGUUGAAGUUGUAGAUGUGGACCCUUAUUUUCUGAAGCA